CCAGCAAUGCGGACUAACCUACACUGUACUUGGAGAAACUGUUGUCGAUCUCUCAGAGCUCUCUAAGACUCGGUCCAACUGCCGUACUGGAAUGAAUGUGCGCGGCCAAACUCGCUUCUGGAAGCACUGCCUACCAGAGAGAAGGGAUGAGCCCCCCGGUCUGGCUGCGUUGUUCUACUGCUCGACGUUCUUAAUUUGUUAG